AUGGGAGAGGAUGCACCAUCUGUGGAGAGUUUCUUUUACCGAGCCGUAGGUGAUCUAGAAUUGUGUAAAUCAUUCCCGUGGGGGAGAUUUGCAUAUGAUGCUAAUAUGAAAGACCUUUUUCAUAUUAUGCACUCAUGUGGAGGAGUUGUGGGUCCACGAAAGGUGUUUCCUAGUUUUGUUACUCCUUUAGAGCUUCUAGGGCAUGGAGCUAUUCCAGCCCUGAAGAAUAAUUUUCAAGAAAUUGAAAUUCAGAGUAUCAUAAUUCCAUCUCCCGAUGAGAAAGUUCUUAUGAAGAAAAUCAUGGAUCACGAUUGUGGAUGGAACGAUGUGGAUGAUGCAAUUGCAGAGGGUUGGACAAAGCGUCUAGUUAAGGAAAAGAAGACAAUAUGUUUUGAAAAUAUGCAUAAAGCAGAUGUUGCUAGCCGAGCAGUUGAGGCUAAUCUAGAUGCAAGUAAUUUGGCUCAGGAAAAUAUUGGUGAAACGAAGCAAGGUCGAAAGAAGGUUGCUCGAACCAAGGUGGCUCUGAAGAAGGUGAAUAAUGGAUUGGAUGAGGUAGAGAAACGAUUGAUGAAAGUGUUGAAUAGUGGAUUCGAGAAGAUGAAUGUGAACUUUGAUUUUCUGGAUACAAGAUUGAAAAUUUUGGAAGAGAAUGUGAAACAGUUGAAAGAAGGAAAAGAGGUUGUUGAGGCUACUAAGAAUGUAAUGGAUUGUGGGGAUGUGGGUGAGGAUGAAGAGGUUUCUGAGGCUACUAACAAUGUAGCGGAUUGUGGGGAUGUGGGUGAGGAUGAAGAGGUUGCUGAGGAUGAAGGGGUUGCUGAGGAUAAAGGGAUUGCUGAGGAUGAAGUGGUGGUACAACCAUUGGAUUGUGAGGCGAGUAAAGAGAUGGUGGGUGAUAAUGGAAAAGAGGUGGGUGAAGAGGGUGAGGCAAGUAACAAAAUCAAGAACACUUACAAGAGAAAGACAAAGAUGAAAAAAGGAACAGAAGAGGUGGGUCAAGACGAUGGAGAGAUGGCUACAACAAAGGUGCAACAUGUAAACAAGAGAAGGAGGUCCCAUUAUGACGAGAGGGCUUACCAAGAAAAUGUGAUGUAUGUUUAUAAAACUGGGUAG